AGCAUUGUUCAAAAAUAUCUUUCAGUUCUGUAAAGGAUUGUCCAGGAGAUGGCUGCUGUCUUGUCUUGUAAUAGAAAUGGAAAAGCAAAGGGAAAGGGGCUUUCAUAUUACCACAAUCCAGGAACUGAACCACUCCAAAUGAAGACAAUUGGGCAAGUUCUUGAUGAGGCAGCUGAGAAAUGUCCAAAUCAAGAAGCAGUAAUUUCACAUUGUGAAAAGAGAACGAUAACAUUUCAGGAAGCAAAGGAACAAGCUGAGCAGUUGGGUGCUGGGUUUUUGAAAUUGGGGCUACGGCCUGGUGAUAGAAUUGCCCUUAUUGGAGUCAACACUAUACAUUGGUAUACUACAGCUCUAGCUUGUGCCAAAGCUGGAAUCAUUAUAGUGAUGCUGAACCCAGCCUACCAAGCCUCUGAGAUAGAAUAUGCUUUGAAGAAAGUGGGAGCUAAAGCUGUAGUCUCAGACCACAAAUUUAAGACGCAGAACUUUCCUGCUAUUCUCAUGUCAUUGGCCAAUGGAAUGAUUUCAGCACCCCAUGGCCAACCACUCUCCUGCCCUGAACUGCCCGACUUGUUCUACGUAAUAGUAGCCACCGAAGAAAAUCUACCAGGUUGCUACAGAUUACAAGAUAUAAUGACAUUGUCUAAUGAAAUAGAAACAAUCAGGGAUAUUCAAGAAAAAGUACAACCAGAUGAUCCAUAUUGUAUUCAAUUUUCAUCAGGAACUACUGGCUCUCCAAAAGGUGCUGUUCUGUCUCAUUUUGCAUUAGUCAAUUGCUCAUACUAUUUGGGAAAAAGAAUCGGUAUUCAGGAAACGCCCUUAACAUUAUGUCUUCCAGUGCCUCUUUUUCACAUAUUCGGAACUUCUGCAGGAGUCAUUUUAGCAUUGAGUUAUCAGAUCACUAUGGUUUUCCCUGCUCCAAUCUUUUCAAAAGAAUUUCUAAUUGAUUCUCUUCAAAUUUAUAAGACAGACAUUAUAUUUGGAACACCUACUAUGUUUCUUGAUUUAUACAAAGAAUUAGAUUCAUUACUACCUAAGUCACCGAAGCUACAAGAAUCUUGUGCUAGAGUCAAGAUAAUAGGAACUGGUGGAUCCCAUAUAACACCAGAUUUAAUAAAAAAACUUUCGAAAGUUCUUCCUAAUGGAGAUUUUGUUGGUGCGCUUGGAAUGACUGAAGCAGGUGCUGCAUGCUUCUUAUCCUCCAGGAAUGACAAGUUGGAAGACAAAUAUAACACAGUAGGUCGGGUCAUAGAUCAUUUGGAAGUUAAGGUAGUUGAUGGAGAUGGAAGAAUGGUACCUUUUGGAACUCCUGGUGAGGUCUGGUAUAGGAGCUAUAGUAACCUACUGGAAUACUGGUCAGAUGAAAGAAUGACAAAAGAAGCCAAAACUAAAUCAGGGUGGUUUAAAUCUGGAGAUAUCAUAGUUCUACGAGAGGAUGGUUAUGCUUCUAUAAAAGGAAGAAUUAAACAUAUGAUUAUACGAGGUGGAGAAAACAUAUUUCCUAUAGAAAUAGAAAAUUUUUUACAAACCCAUCCUGACAUUUUGGAAGCAGAAGUUUAUGGUGUUGAGGAUAAAAGAUUGGGAGAAGAAAUAGCUGCGAGCAUCAAACUGAAACCAUUAUCUAACUUAACUGAAGCCAAUAUAAAAGAAUAUUGCAAAGGAAAGAUCGCUCAUUUUAAAAUACCAAAAUACGUGAGGUUUGUUGAUAACUUUCCACUCACAGCAACUAGGAAAGUACAAAAGUUUUUGCUGAAGGAAACACAUGAAAAGGAGUUGAAUGAACAUAAGUAAUUAUGAAUAAAUUAAUUUUUGGGCCGUAUUAAAGUUUGCACAAAACACCACUUUUUUUUUCUUUUUUUUUUUGUACAUUAUUCUUUCAUAAGUUUCUCAUUUCUUCUAAAUUUAUUUAAAUCACUUUUGAAUAAUGUGUGACAUGUAUAUUAAGUGCAAUAUAUUGACUCCAUAAUCUAUUAAUAUUAUAACUUUGUAAUUUGGAAUAAUAUUCAUUAAUAAAAAAGGAAAUAAAUUAAAUUUACAAUGA